CCAUUAGUACUUCGGAAAGAGGCAAAAAAAUUAGGACCUAUAAUUGACCCCAUAAUUGAAUUACUAACCACCGGUAGAAAAAGCGUUAGAAGAUUAUCAAAAACAAGUUCUUUAUCAACCACUACCUCUAAAUCUGAAAAAGAACCAACUUUUAGUCAAUCUACUACAGCACCAAAUAAGGACUAUCAAACUUCUUAA